AUGUCUGGAUUUACAGUGGCAGAUUUAAUCAAACCAACAUUGGAGUCAGUAAAUUCAUCUCGAAAACAACAAUUAUAUGAAGGUUCAAGAAAAGUUAAGACUAGGGAAAAUGCCAACAGUGAAAAUAGAAAUAUUAAACAGAAAAACAAUCAUGACAAUAAUGUUUAUAAUCGAUCAGUUAUUUUGGAUCCUUUAAAUGUAUUCAAUGUUGACAAGAAUAGUCUAGAUCGAGUAUGUUCAACAGAAAAUAAUGUAGGGAAGAAAAGUGAUAUUGACAAUGAUUCCACUGUCCUAUCAUGUAAUUUAAAUAGUGAAAAUCAGUUUUUAGGUCAAAAAUUAUCCCUAAUUGUAUAUCAUCUUCAAUAUUGACGGGG